ACAGGUCGGAGGCCCCGGUUCACGGCACCUAAGUUUCAGCGGAGGACUUGCUGCUGUUGACAUGAUCAAGUCGUCGAGUGUGUCGUCCGAGAGCUCCGUGCCUUCGCUGGAGGACGACGAGGACUCGGUCUGCUCCGACGAGCUGCUGGGCUCACAGUCCCGCCGCUGGCUGACGGAUCUCCUGGACCGGGACCUGCCUCCGGAGAGCGUGGACGUGAACCGGGCCGGCCGGGACGGGCUGUUCGUGGACUACCACUUCCCCCUGGGCGAGCUGGAGCUGCAGUCCGGGGUCACCUGGAAGCGGCCAAAGGAGUUCUGUCCAUCACCUCAGUUCGUAGUAAAUGGAGCUACACGCCUGGACAUCCGGCAGGGAAAACUCAAUGACUGCUGGUUACUUUCUGCCAUCGCCUCUCUGGCUAUGAACCGCUCUCUACUCAGAAAGGUCGUGCCUCUGGGACAGAGCUUCCAGGAUGGAUACAAUGGUAGCUUCACCUUCAGGUUCUGGCAGUACGGUCAGUGGGAGGAGGUAAGGAUAGACGACUUGUUGCCGACUCAGGAACACAAGCUGAUCUACCUCAGCUCCCCAGAGAAGCAGGAGUUCUGGAGCUCACUGCUGGAGAAGGCCUAUGCCAAGCUGAAAGGUGGCUACAGAGCUCUGGACAUGGGCUUUCCUCACGAGGCCAUGGUAGAUAUGACGGGCGGGGUGGCUGAGGUCUUUAACAUUGCCUUGCUGCCCAGAGACCUGCCGGCCUUCCUCAGUUACCUGCUGUCCAAAGGAGCGCUCAUCAACUGCGCCAACUGCCAGGGUCCUCUGGAGCAAAGGAAUGAACUAGGGAUCAUGUUCAGACAUGCCUACUCUCUGACUGCAGUAGAGAAGGUGAAGACAGCGUAUGGCACCGAGGAUUUGGUGCGAAUCCUCAACCCCUGGGGCAACACUGAGUGGGAGGGACCCUGGAGUGACUUGAAAGGUCCAGAGUGGAACACAGUGAGCGCACAGGAGCAGAAAAGACUGGACCGAGUCCGACGCGAGGACGGGGAGUUCUGGAUGUCGGUGUCAGACUUCCGGCAGCAAUUCCAGGUGAUGGAGGUGUGUCACUUGACCGACAGUCUCGGAGAACCGGGCUCCGGCGUUGCGCCGUGGGGCCACACAAUGCAUCAUGGGAACUGGGUGCCGAGCAUCACAGCAGGAGGCUCUCCCCAGGGGGGUUGGUUUUGGCAGAACCCUCAGUUCUCCUUCGUACUGUCAGAAGUGGACAGUGGCAGAGAGGUCCCUCAGAAGACCUGCUCCUUCAUUUUGGCUCUGAUGCAGAAACACCAUAGACGUAGAAACAUAAACCUCGCCAUAGCACUGCAUAUAUAUCCGGCCCAUCCUGCAAAUACAUACCUGUCGCCCGAGGACCUCACUAAAAUGCGCCCUGUCUGCCACAGCCCGCAGUACUCCUCACGUCGGGAGGUUGUUCUUCGUGGCUCCCUUCCACCGGGUCGCUACAUCGUCAUCCCUUCCACCGCCGAGCCCAAUCAGCAGGGGGCAUUCCUCCUCCGGGUGCUGACAGAGCAGGGCAACGCAGCCACUCCAGCUCACAAACCAGUGCCACAAGACAUCUCUUCAAUAUCAAAGCUGUCACUUCCACACCAGGCUGCCCUUCCGUCUCCUAAAUCUACCAGACAUCUGUUCAAGAAGCACUGCAACAAGAAGGGGUUUUGCAAAGCAGUGCACCUCCACAGCCUCCUGACGGAGGCCAUACAGGGAGGAGUGUUGGCCGGCAGUGAGAAGAACCUGGCUCUGGAGCACUGCAAGAGCCUGGUGGUCCUCAUGGAUACCCAAGGCAUUGCUCAGCUAAACUGGCCAGACUUCCAGAGUCUGUGGGACAAGAUCCGGAGGUGGACGGAUAUCUUCAUGGUGUUUGACAAGAACAAAACCCAGCGCCUCGAGUAUCGAGAGGUCGCCCCUGCUCUGAGGGCAGCAGGCAUCAUGGUGGAUGACUUGGUGAUGCAGCUGGUUGGGCUGCGAUACACAGAGCCCGACAUGACCAUCAGUUACCCUGGCUUCCUGUACCUGCUGAUGAAACUGGAGAGCAUGAUCAACAAAUUUCAAGCGUACGACAUGGUGGGGAUGGGAUCCAUCACUGUCAGCUACAGACAGUGGCUCCACAUGACCAUGUACAACUGACCUGACCUGGGCCACUCAGACGGACUCACCGGGAUUUGAUUAGUUUAGUAGUCUUUUUCUGCUCUUCUGUUUUUCAUGCAUGAUCUUAAUGUGUAGUUUUAUAUGUGUAUAUGAAAGUGGAUGCACUGUGUAGUUCAAUGAGAGAGACGUGUAGCAAACAAAGAAAAAAAACAGGCUUUGUACCAAGAUUUCUCAAGCCAUUCAUUUCCCCUCUUGCAUGGCCUCAUCAUAUAGUCACACAGUAAUAAUGGAAAACACCUUUAAGGACUCUCUUUGGUCACGGAAACGUCCGGGGUCGAAGUUGACAGAAAGGCGGGCGGCUGUGACAAAAAGUGGAGUUUAUGGUUCACUGUGUUUGUGACACCUCAGUGACUUCAUGCAUGAAACGUUCAAAUUUGACGUCAUUUCUCGGCCUAAAUUUGGGAUAUUGGACCCCGCCCCCUCCAGUCUCAUCUGAAAAUGAAUAGCUGGUAUAAAAUAACAACCUUUAGCGAUGUACGACACUAAAACGGACUCUUUACUCUUGAUCGAUGGUCCCAUUGUUGGGGCUUCAAACAACUAGAUUCAAACAAAGCAGUUCAUCAGCCAUUCAACUAAUCAUCUCAGCAUUGUCCUGCAUUAUGCAUGUCUUUAUUAUUUUAAGGCCUUAAAUCUGAAGUGAAACAGUUCCUGGCAAGAUGCUGGCAUUCAAGCUGUGAUAGACUGAUCUCAAGUACAUGAGUAUAAAAAAAAAGCAAGUACAUAAAGUGAUUUUGAACUCAUUGCUUCUGUUUGAGUCUUUGUUUUAAUACAGGGAUUCAGUCUGAAUAGUUUUUAAAGUUCUAAAAGGUCUUUUUCCUUUCAAUACUUUCCGGUGGCUGUGCUUUUUCCUUUGGCUUAGUUACGUACAUUUUGUUUAAAAUGCAAUCAUUUGAAAAUUGUGUAUUCAUUUAAUUUCUGCUAAAAUGUAUUCAAUUUUAGGAACGUAGAGAAUGGCCAAGAGCAUAUGUAAAGUCAUAAGGAGCUAUAAUGAUAAUAAUUUAGAGAAAUAAAGAUAAAAUGAGAUGACCCGCUCCAGUGUGCUCCCCCCUUCACUUUCAUUUCACUUGAUUCAAAUGUAUGGGCUGUGGGAGUGUGGGAGUCAACAGGUUGUGUCUGAACUACUUCAAAAAAUGCCCAGUUGUGUCAUGAAUAAGGACGACUCCCUCAGACCUCAGAAACCGUCAGAGAUAUUUACAGGAAUGUCUCAAACAUUUUUGAUGCUAAUGCAUGUCAAUGUUUCUGGUUUACUGGUUUCUUUGGUCCGACCACAGGCGAGAAAUGAUCCUCCGUUCUUUGCUGUUCUCUGGUAUGUGUAAAUAUCCGUCUUCCAACAUCAUCCUUUAAAGUGAGAACAGCCGGAGAUACGUAUAUCAGAGGUUUUGUGUGUGUGUGUGUACGUGUGUUCAAUAUCCUGUUGCACUACUGCUGUGUUGAGUCAAACUGACCUUUAGGAUGGCCUGUCACAGUCAUGCAUCAGCCACGCCCUAACACACUGUCUCUCUUCCU